GUGUGUGUGUGUGUGUGUGAGAGAGAGAGAGAGAGAGAGAGAGAGAGAGAGAGAGAGAGAGAGCUGCAUAUGCAUGUAGUAAAGGCAUAAGCGCAAUAAAAAGUCUCUCUGCAGGUAAAAAGCAGCCCUUUCUUCCUAUAAAGCGGAAAUAUUUCAGAGUUUUGCGCGAUUUCCUUUUUGUAGCUUUCGCAAGAACAGAACAAUACAGAAGUGUGGACACUGUAACCUGUUUGGUUCUGCAUGUCUUUACGCACAAGUUGGUGGUGUGUGUGGGCAAAUGGACAAGGUGUUUUUCUUCUUCUCUCUCACUUUGCUCUGGCUUUUCCCAGGUGAUUCCCAGAAGGUCGAGAUGCCAAAGAAAGAUGUGGAAGCAAUUAAGGGCCAAAUGGUGGUUCUGGAGGCCUGGUACACGCCCACAUCCAUCAUCGAGAAAAAUACAGUCAUCUGGAACUUCAUGGCCAGUGACUCCAAACAAAUUAUCUCCUAUUCCUCAGGGGAGAUUGGGAUUGGAAGUUUGGAAUUCCAGAAACGUGUUGGUUUUGCUGCGUCCAUGCCCUCCACCAACCUCUCCAUCUACAUCAACAACACGCAGGAGUCUGACUCAGGCCGUUACCUCUGCAACGUCAUCAUUCCUGGAGCACAAGGUCUUUCUGGGGAGCUGCAGCUAAAUGUUAAAGUCCCUCCCUCUACUCCAGUGUGCUCGAUGAGCGGGAAUCCUGUGCUGAGAGGGAACGUGACGCUAAGCUGUAAAUCCAGUUACGGCAAACCCGUACCUCAGUACAAGUGGACCAAAGCUGCUCCUGUCUCUGAGGUCUACUUCUCUCCAAUGCAGAAUGAGCGGCAGGGCACCCUGAUGUUAAGCAACCUGACCAAAAGUAUGUCAGGUAAAUACGUGUGCAAGGCCAGCAACGCAGCCGGGAGCGACAGCUGUCACAUCAACUUGGAAGUCUCCACCCUCAGCAAUGCCUGGCUGAUAGCAGGAGCCAUUGUGGGUUCGGUUGUGGGGUUCGUGGCCCUCGUCCUCUUUCUGGUCUUCAUCUUCAGGAGGGAAUGUGACACAGAAGAUGAAAUAGCCAAUGAGAUCAAGGAAGAUGCUCAGGCUCCAAAGCGGGUUUCUUGGGCAAAGAGCGCAACCGCGUCAGAUAUCAUCUCUAAGAAUGGCACUCUGUCUUCUAUAGCCAACAGUCCUGCUCCUCAAGACCCUGCUCACAUGCCUAGCAACCAUUACCCAUACACCCCUGGGCCCUGUGACUCCAUUCUCACUGCUUCAGGUGACACACAUCUGUACCCAGGAGACCCCAAUCCUCUUCAUGGGCUACCUGGGUACAACGCCAGCAAGAUGCCUCCACACCUCCACCACCAACCAAAGAAGAGCUGUACACUCAGGACUGAUGGAGCUCAGCCGCAAGGACCGAGCUCCACCCCUGUACUCAUCAGAUCAGUGCCGAUCUGUGGCGCUGUGCCUGUCACGGUAGCCGCUCAGAAACAGGUCGGUUCCCUCGUCUAGACUAAACCAGUUACCUCAAGUGGAGCAAACAGACUCACCAUUAGUCAAUAAUUUUGAAUUUGUUUUUUAUAAAUAAAGUACGAGUUCUCUAUGUAAAAUAUUAGAAGUCUGUUUUAUAAAGUAUAUUGUAUAGGAUAAGAGAAUGGUGAUAUUUUUUUUGCUUAGAAUAGUGAAUUGCACUGAUCCAUAACAUUAAAUCCACUGACGUGAAUAUCAUUGAUUAUCUCUUACGUUGGAACUCGUCAUUAAUUUACAUAAUUUCUCAAAGUCGAUGCGUCGCAAGUGUAAGGAUCUAAGAGACUUUGACAAGGGCCAAAUUGUGAUGGUUACACAACUGGAACAGAGCAUCUCCAGGGAAGGCUGGCUCUAAAAAAAGGUGUCAUAUCCUGCUUCUGAGCAGAUGUCAUCAUAAGAAAAUAAUCAAUUCUAUUCACGUCAUCUGCCAGUGGUUUUAAUGUUCUAGCUAAUCUGUGUAUUUCUUCAUCUUUCAAACUAUGACUAUUUUUUCAUUUAUGGUCUCAAACUCCAUUUGAUUUGACAAUUUUAUUUUCUGGUUAAUGGAUUUCAAUAUUUUUUCUAAUGACAUAGAAAUGAAAUUAAGGAAAUAAAGAAAGUCUGCUUUAAUGCUGGUAUGUAAACAGUUCAGUUCUUAUUACGAGUUAGAGAUUUAACAACGUUAGGUUCUACUUUAAAUGUUACCGUGUGCCUCUUUUUUGCUCAGGACGGUCUGCAUUUCUACAUUUUGCAGUCUGACUCUUUAACAGUCAUCGGCAGAUCUCUCGGUGAACAACAGUUUGUAUUGAAAAUGUUAUUUGGUUCAUGAGUUACCGUGUAUAAGACAAAUGGAACCCAUUCAUAAAUGUUUAAACAUUUCUAGAAAGGCAGAACAACACAGACAUUUUAGAUUUGUGCAAUAUUUUCUUUCGUGUUUUUUUGUUUUGUUUUGGAUGAUACAUUAAAUGUUUUAAGCGAUGUGUUGAAAAGAUGAUCAAGCUUGUGACUUUGUGUUUGCUGCUUCAGUUCUCUACUCGGUUUUGUGCCGAUAGAUUGGGAAUAAUAUUACCACCACCACCACCAAAAAAAAAAAACGUGUUUAAUUACCUAAAUAUGAAAAAUUUGUUAUUUUUAUAUCAUCUCUGAUUUGUCUUUGGUUCCUUUAACUCCGGACAUCUUUUAUGAAAGUGAAAAAAAAUAAUUCUAGCGUGUGUAACA